AUGAACAAUCCAUUUGACCGCGCCACUACGACGGCGUCCCCUGCAGCGGGUCUGAAUAAUCCCUUUGAUUCAGACCCAACGAACGCGAGGAACAGGUUUCCUGAUCUCACCGCGCAGCUCUCGGGCUCUCCAUCUCCUCAGCCGUCCUAUUUCCCCCAAGGCGCCAUCGCACCAACGUCGCCUUGGCCUUCUGCUGGCUUUUACCAGCCCAGUCCAAACUUCAAUUUAAGCCAGCAACAGCAAGGACUCUUCUCGCCGAAUCCAACCCCCCAGUUUGCAAACGCCUUUCCGCAGCAACAAUCGCAACCGAAUAGUGGAUUCGUCGGAGGGGGAGGCGCGUUUGGAGCGAGCGGGUAUAAUUCACCAUAUGGGAAUCCCCAGCCCAACAAUUCGGGCUUUGCUGGGGGUGUUGCGAGCGGAGGAUCGUAUGCAAGCAGUUUCGGGUUGAGCAGCGGCGCCGGAGGUUCGUACUCACAGUUUAGUCCCACUUCGGGCUUUGGGUCGUCUUCUCUUCAUCCCCAACUAUCCCAAUUCGACCCGCUCUCUCCACAAUCGCAACAACGACCAGCAAUGCAAUCUACCAACAACAACAGCCAAUUUCAAUCUUCAUUCAAUCUCCAGCUGUCUGGAGGAGGAAAUGAAAUGGAUCCUGGCUCACUCAUAUAUCACCCACGCAACCCUGCGCAACCGAAUAACCAAAUGGUGACGGGUUUUAACGGUCAGACAACGCUCCAUAUCCCUAUCCGACCUCAUAGCUACGGACCCAUGGACCAUCCCCGGCAUGUGAUUGCCAUGCACCGCGUCGAGCUCGAGCAGUGGGAUCAGUAUGGGUGGCGUCAGUGUCUCAACGCGCUUGAAAACUUGCGUGUUGCAUGGGAGACUUUCCGUGACGACGUGACUCGCGUGACGGAUAUUGGGUGUCCCCCGCAUGAAAAUGCAAUCACCCUAAAGAUGAAAAAGGAGGCGUCAGAGAAUAUCGACAACGUGACGGCAGCCUAUCUUCAGAUGCAAGAGGUAUUCGCGAGCUACCGACAGUCGCAUGACCCGUCCAGUAAGAAACGCGUGCGCGAAUGCCUCAAUGCCGGACUCAAGAGUCUACCCGAUUGGCCAUAA